CACAACAGGCCAUCCCACAGUAGACACUCAUCAUUCAUGUUGUCGCCCCUAACACAGAAGUGGAACAUACUGUGCAGCCUAACAGGCAAGUACAGAUCAUCGGUUGAAUUUACAGAAGAGGCCUCACAACAUCACAACACAGAGAAAGAGCUUAAAAAACCCCCCUUCAUUCUCCUGGAGAUGUUGAGAAGAAGAGCAGCACGGUCAUCUGGACCAGAGCCUGAAUCUCUUGACUGCCCCCCUGAUACUCCUGACAACAGAGAGAUGAGAGACUCCCCCACAGCCCCACUGACUGACGGAACAGACCAGGAGGUGGAGGAUCACACAGCCAACAUGUCUCCAACAGGUCAAAUGGCUGAUGUGCACCAAUCCAGGAGUCAGAAAUGGAAAGUGGUUUUGAUCAUCCUGUGUCUGUCUGUCACAGUAUCUGUCACACUGUCUUCCCCAUUGGUGACUUUCAGGACCAACUCUACUCAAGCUCACUCCCUUCCUCCCCCAGUUCUCUCUACCUGCCCUCUUCACACAGCCAAUGAGACUAUAACACCAGUUAAGGGUUCAACUCAUCUAAUGGUGUCUGCAUACCAGGACCACAGGGAAGAGGGAGCCACGCGCAUCAUUGAAAUGGUCAACAGAGACCGACCCAUGUCUCUGUACUGUGUGUUGUGCUGCUUAGGACACGCCCCCCAGGUCGCUCCAGCUGCUGUCGUAACGCACAGCGUCCACUAUGGUUACCCGUAUGUGGCCGCAGACAUGCUUUGCCUCGAAGAACCAGGAUGCCACGCCACGCACGUCACUCUAGGCACAUCCCUCGACAUCCAGGACACCCUCAACCGGACAUUUCUGAGCAUCCAGAACCGGGAGCGACGGGAGGAGGACUUCCCCUUUUACCUCACCAUGUGCAUGUCCAGCAUGUUUGGAGACUACAACAACGUCCAACAGUUUGUCCAGACCAUGGAGUUUUACAAGCUCCUGGGGGUGCGGAGGGUUGUCCUCUACCUCACCAGCUGUGGACCUGAUCUGGAAAAAGGUCCUCCAGUACUACGCAGAGGAGGGCACUCUGGAGCUCCUGGUCCCGGCCUCACACAGCUCUCUUCUGCCCCUCAUGGAGGACCUGCAGGGGCAGCACCCCGACGCAGCCGUGUUCCUGAUGGAGACGCACCUCUUCCCUGCCACAGCCAGUACUGCAACGCAAGACCAUUCCGCACGGAGGAGGGCGCCGGGGUGGAUCUGCUGGACUACGUCUACAGAGAGCUUGUUCUUGAAGAGGACUUCCGCUCCUACAAGAUGGUGGUCAACCCCCGUCUGGUGCUGCAGACGGCCAUGUUUGAGGUGACACAGAGCUAUGGGGACUCUGUCAGGGUUCCGUCCGACGUGUGUAAGAUCAUGCAGGUGAAAGAGGCUCAGAGAGAAAGCUGGACCAAUGAGCAGCUGGUCCUCGACAGAAGACUCUGGGAAUUUGGAGAAUAUCUUGUGCCCUCUGUCGAUGAAGUUUUACAGAAAUUAGGUAUUCAGACAUCUCCUUGGGGGCGUGUAGUACUGUAG